AUGUCUCUAACUAACAAACGGCGAUUUAGGUCAUGUAAUUUUAAUUCCAUUAAAAAAUUGUUUGAAAAAGCAUUCGCUUGCAUGGAAACUUUUAAUUCUGUUGACAGUGCAGCAGAGGAACUAGCUAGUUUUCAUAACACACUUAUUGAAAAGUUUAAAAAAGUCGAACAAUUUAAUGAGGAAAUUAUAUAUCUUAUUGAGGAUGACAAAGAACUAGAUAUUGAAGAAGAUACUUCAACCGAAUUCACUUUAUACUUUCGAAGAAACAUUUUAUUGAUUAUUGAAGGACAGGCAUUAUCGACUAUCAAAGGACUUGCUUUAACUUAUAAUAAUUUUGAUGUUGCAAUGAACUUACUCAAAGAAAGAUACAACAACAAACAACAACUUAUAUCAACUCAUAUGAAUUCUUUACUUUCAUUGGAUAAAAUUACUUAUAUUAAAGAUUUAUCAAUGCUUCGAAAAAGUUAUGACAACCUGGAAACUCAAAUACGUAAUUUAGAAAAUCUUAAUGUUACUUCUUCUAUGUAUGGUCCAUUACUCAUACCAAUUUUAAUGCAAAAACUUCCUGAAGAACUGAACCUAAUAAUAUCAAGACAAUUCCAAGGACAUAUUUCCUCAAAGUGUUUAUCACGUAUAAAGUGUUAUGAAUGUUCGAGCCGACAUCAUGCUGCUAUGUGUGAAAAGAAACAUCAAUUACAACCAUCGGACAGUCAACUUACUUCAAUUGCUGGAGCAUCAAAAGGACAUUCAGUUUUAUUACAAACAGCUUUAGUUACAGUAACAUCAGGAUCUACUGAGUUAAGAAAUUGCAGGAUUUUAUUUGAUAACUGUUCUCAGUUGAGCUAUAUCUCACCAGUUAUUCGAAAAAGACUUGAUUUAAAGACUAUUGAUCAGAAGAAAAUAAUUAUUAAAACAUUUGGUAAUAAAUGCAUGACUGAAACUCUGGAUAAGGUUCAAUUUUGCAUUCUCGAUAUAAAUAAUAUGUCCAUACCUGUCUCAUGUUACGUUAAAGAAAUAUGUGCUCCGAUAAAUGGACAGAAUAUAGAGUUUGCCAUUAAACACUAUAGUCACUUGAAAGGAUUGAAAUUAGCAGAAAGAAAUUGUACUGAUAAAAAUGUUCGUGUGGAUAUCCUUAUUGGUGCAGAUUUUUAUUGGUCCUUUGUAGAAAAUGAAGUAAUUAAAGGUGUUGAUGGUCCUGUUGCUCUCAAGUCUAAGCUUGGUUUUUUGUUAAGUGGCAAUGUUAUUGGAAACUCAGAUAAUUGUAGUGUGCUUCACUCUCAUGUUUUAAAAGUUUCUUCUGAAUUUAGUAGUGACCAAGCAGUAUUUCACAAUUCUAUGUUGUCCUUCUGGGAUUCUGAAGCCAUAGGCACAACAACAUCUGAAAUUAAUGACGUAGUAUAUGAGAACUUUAAAAAGGAAAUUCAAUUUAAUGAACAUUCUAAACGUUAUGAAGUUAGUUUACCAUUUAAAAUGAACCAUGAUUUAAUUAGUGAUAACUAUACUUAUUGUAUCAAACGUUUGGCACCUGUACUUAAAAAGCUUAGUAAAGACAAUAAACUACUUAUGAGUUACAAUUCAAUUAUUAAAGAACAAUUGUGUCAAGGUGUUAUUGAAAAAGUAAAUAAUCAUAAAAUUAAAUUUGGUAAUGUGCAUCAUCUACCACAUCGACCUGUGGUUAGAGAUGAUAAAUCAACUACUAAAGUACGCAUGGUAUUUGAUGCAAGUGCAUCUAUUGAUGGGCCAUCAUUAAAUGAUUGUUUGAAUGCAGGUCCAAGCUUGACAACUUCUUUGUUUGGUGUACUAUUGCGAUUUCGAUGCUACAAAUAUGCAUUUAUCUCUGACAUUGAAAAAGCAUUUUUACAAAUAUCCAUAAAAGAUGCAGAUCGUGAUUUUGUUCGAUUUUUAUGGGUCAAAAAUGUUGAUACAGUUAAUACUGAUCCAGAUUUUGUUAAAAAGAUGAUGUUAGCAUUGCAUGUUGAUGAUUUGAACUCUGGUAGUAAUGAUUUAAAUCAAUGCAUAAACUUUUUUACUAAAACUAGAGAUUGCUUACACGAAGCAAACUUUAAUCUUAGAAAGGUUGAAUCAAACUCGAUGAAGCUUGAACAGAAGAUUCAGCCACUUAAUUAUAAACAAAUGACUGAAACUAAAGUACUUGGUCAAUCAUGGGAUAAGGAUUCUGACGAGUUUACCUAUUCAUUUAAUGGUAUUACUUCACACUAUAAACAUAUUUGUUCAAAAAGAGAUGUUAUGAAAUUUAUUGCUAGUAUUUUUGAUCCUAUGGGACUUAUUAACCCAGUAAUUGUACGAUGUAAAUGCUUGUUUCAGAAGUUAUGUAUUGCGAAAUAUUCUUGGGAUGAUUUGAUGUCUGGUGAUAUUUUAGAGGAGUGGCAUGAUAUUAUAUUUGAUUUUUGUUCUUUAAACAAAUUAACUUUACCUCGUUGGAUUUUGUCGGACUCUUACUUAUCUAAUACUAAUGUUAAACUUGAGCUUCAUGCCUUUGCUGAUGCAAGCCUUAAAGCCAAUGGUACUUGUAUAUAUCUUAGAUGUAUUAUAAACGAUUCACAAUGUUUUGCCACUCUUGUUGCCUCGAAGUCUAGAGUGGCCCCUGUCAACAAAAUGACUGUUCCAAGACUGGAGUUAAAAGCAAUGGUUUUAUUGUGUUCUCUGUUGUUGACUGUUAAAAGUGAAUUUAAAAAUUUAAACAUAAACAAAAUAUUUUGUUGGACUGAUCCUACCAUAUGUCUCCACUGGUUAAACAAUUCUAAUCAAAAGUAUGAAGCUUUCACAGAAAAUCGUUUAGUAAAAAUUCGUACUUUAUUCGCAAUCGAAUUUUGGAAAUAUGUAGAGUCUACACGAAAUCCUGCAGACAUUAUUUCUCGUGGAAGUCCUGAUUAUCUUAAUGACAUUUUAAUCCCAUGGCCUAUUUAUAAUUUAUUAGAACCUAAUGUUGGUGAAGGUAACACAUGCUUGUUAGCUACUGUCAAACCCUUGAACAUUAAUUUGGAAUUUAUUAAUAUUGGCAGAUUUAGUAGUUAUGAACAAUUAAAUAGAAUAACUGCUUGUGUUUUAAGAUUCGUAAAGUGCUUAAAAAUUCGUAUUGAAAAGACUUGUGUCGUCAUAAAGCCUACUUUAUCAGCUGACGAAAUUGAAAGAGCAAAGACACUCAAGGUGCAAAAUGAACAACGUGACAUCAUGACAAACAAAAACUUUAAACAAUUAAAAAACAACCUUGGACUUCGAGUUGUUGAUGGAAUUAUUCGAUGUCACGGUAGAAUGGACAAUGCUCCAAUUCCAAGAGAUGCUAAAUUUCCUAUUUUUAUUCCACACAGUAGUCGUUUGUCAAAGUUUUUGAUUGUAUAUUUUCACAAAUUAGUGAAGCAUAAUGGCUUAAAAGAAACUCUUUCCGAGCUAAGAACUAAGUUUUGGAUUCCUCAAUGUAGACGGUUGGUUCGUAACAUCAUUUUAAAGUGUUAUGUUUGUCAAUAUUUUGAGGGACUACCUAACAAGUACCCUCCAUCUCCUCCUCUCCCUCUUAGUCGUUUAUGUGAUUAUUAUCCAUUUAAGUAUACUGCAGUAGAUUAUGCUGGUCCUGUAUUUAUUUAA